UGUCCAGCGGAAGCGCGGCUCUGUCAUUACCUCUCAGGGCGAGCAGCCGGGCUGCCCGCCCGGACACCGCUCGCUGUCUGCAGCGGCGGCCCUGGCCCAGGGCCGGGCCUGCCCCGUCUACCCGCCGCCUCCUCCCUGCUCUGGGGCCUCCCUUGCGGAAGCCCGGGCGUGUCCGGGCGGCGACAGCGGAAGGAACAUCGGUCCGUGUCCCUCUGUCCUUGGUGCGAGGGAGCACUUGCUGAGAAUACUGCCCCGGGCACGGCUUUUUCAUCUCAAGCAAGCGAAGAAACGGUUGUGUGGCAGCGGAAUCUGUCAGGACCAGUAUCAAAACAACUCCACAAGAAGAGACACCAUCAGAACAAACAUGAACACUGGGAAAGCUUACAGUACCUUUAACAGCAGCAAUGGAACAGAUCUAGCUAUUGGCUUUACCUCUUCCACAGUAGCUGUUCUUUUAUUCGGGACAAACUUGGUGCCCGUUAAGAAAUUUGAUACUGGCGAUGGCAUGUUCUUCCAGUGGGUCCUCUGUGCCUCUGUAUGGAUAGUUUCUUUGGUGGUCAAUUUAAUCCAGAAUUGUCCCCGGUUUUGGCCUCUGGCCAUGGUUGGGGGUUUCGUGUGGGCAACAGGCAAUAUUACAGUUGUCCCUAUUGUUAAAACUAUUGGCUUGGCUCUUGGUCUUUUGAUAUGGGCUUCUUUUAAUUUGCUAAUGGGGUGGGCAAGUUCAAGGUUUGGUUGGUUUGGACUUGACCCAGAAGAGGUAUCAAGACCAACCUUAAAUUCAGUUGGAGCUGGACUUUCAGUACUAAGUGCUGUCAUAUUUCUUUUUAUAAAAACCGAAGUUCAGAGUUCUCCAGCUUCAUUAGAAAGCACACCUUUACUAAGAGAAACUUCUAUUAAUGUUUCUGAAGAUAUUGCUGAUGACUUAUGGGUGAACAGACUUUCUCCAGGAAAAAAGAGACUCAUAGGAUGUAGCCUGGCUGUAGUAGCUGGAAUACUAUAUGGUUCCAGUUUUGUACCAGUACUCUAUAUCAAGGACCAUGGAAGAAGAAAUGAAACUAUAUAUGCAGGAGCAAGUCAAUUUGAUUUAGAUUAUGUUUUUGCACACUUCAGUGGAAUAUUUCUUACAAGUACUAUCUACUUUUUGAUCUACUGUGCAGUCCGGAAAAAUAAACCUAGUGUUUAUCCCCAAGCCAUAUUGCCAGGAUUUGUUUCUGGUGUGCUUUGGGCAAUAGCCAAUUGCUGCUGGUUCAUGGCCAAUCAUUAUCUCAGUGCUGUGGUCAGCUUUCCAAUAAUUACUACAGGUCCUGGCCUGAUUGCUGCAUUGUGGGGAGUCCUUGUAUUUAAAGAAAUAAAGGGACUGAAAAACUACUUACUACUCUCACUAGCGUUUUGCGUCAUUAUUGCUGGAUCACUCUCCACGGCUUUUUCUAAAGUUUGAAAGGAUCUUCUCGACCAGUAGAUGGUGCUACGGUUCAAUACAGUCAGAAAUACAGUAUAGGUAUAUCACAGUAUGUAAUAAUUUUGAAAACAUAUGUCCAACAUUUACCCCAACUUGCUUCAGGCAGGUGAAAAUGAAAACCUUUGCUAAAUGUUCCCAUUUGUCAUGGAAAAAAAUCUGGAAAUUUUUGUUUCUGCCUUUAUUGGAACAAUAGGAAUGUAAAAGGAUUUUAUUAAAUAAAGCUGAAUAAUUUUAUAGUUACUCAUUAUUUCUUUCUGAUACUAAACUUCAUGUCAUCAUAAAUUGGAAUUCACUGUUCUGACGGUGGAUAAAGGGAUUUUAAUUCUUAUUCUGUAAUGCUGUAUGCGUUUGCAAGCUGAUUUGUUUUAUUAACAUUGUUUUACUGACUUGAACAUUAAAUGUCUCUUGGAAUAUUCUAUAUGGAACUGAUACAUAUAAAUACGUGAAGCAUUUUUUAUUUAGAAGCAUUAUACUUCAAAGUCAUCUGUUUACAUAAAAAUAUUAGCUUCCAAACAAUUCAG